CAUGCAGGAGAAACCCUAUAAAUGCCUGGAGUGUGGAAAGAGCUUCAAACACAAACAAAGUCUCCAGCCACAUCGAAGGACUCACACUGGGGAGAAACCCUACACAUGCCUGGAGUGUGGAAAGAGCUUCACUCAGAGUGGAGAUUUCUGUUCACAUCAACGAACUCACACUGGAGAGAAACCUUAUAAAUGCCUGGAAUGUGGACAGAGCUUCACUGAUGGUGGAAAUCUACAUAAACACCAGCAAACUCACACUGGGGAGAAACCCUAUACAUGCCUGGAAUGUGGAAAGAGUUUCACUUUGAGACAUCAUCUCCAGCAACAUGAAAGGAUUCACACUGGGGAGAAACCCUAUACAUGCCUAGAGUGUGGAAAGAGCUUCACUCAGAGUGGAGAUUUGAGUUCACAUCAACGAACUCACACUGGAGAGAAACCUUAUAAAUGCCUGGAAUGUGGAGAGAGCUUCACUCAGAGUUCAAACCUCCGUUCACAUCAAAGAACUCACACUGGGGAGAAACCCUAUAAAUGCCUGGAAUGUGGAGAGAGCUUCGCUCAGAGUUCACGCCUACGUAGUCAUCAACGCACUCACACUGGGGAGAAACCCUAUGAAUGCCUGGAGUGUGGAAAGAGUUUCACUUUGAGACAUCAUCUGCAGCAACAUGGAAGGAUUCACACUGGGGUGAAACCCUAUAAAUGCCUGGAAUGUGGAAAGAGCUUCACUUAUAGUGGAAGUCUACAUGAACACCAACGAACUCACACUGGGGAGAAACCCUAUAUAUGCGUGGUGUGUGGAAAGAGCUUCGCUUGGCAUGGGAAUCUGCGGUCUCACUACAGAACUCACACUGGGCAGAAACCCUAUAACUGCCUGGAAUGUGGACAGAGCUCUGCUGAGAGUUCACACCUACAUUCACAUCAACCCACUCACACUGGGCAGAAACCCUAUGAAUGCCUGUAGUGUGGAAAGAGUUUCAGUUGGGAGCAUUCUCUGCAGAGUCAUGAAAGGAUUCAAACUGGUGAGAAACGCUAUAAAUGCCUGGAAUGUGGAAAGAGCUUCACUCAUAGUGGAAAUCUACAUAAACACCAAUAAAGUCAUACUGGGGAGAAACCCUAUAAAUGCCUGGAGCGUGGAAGGAGCUUCACUCAUAGUAGCAGUCUACGUACACAUGAAAGGACUCACACUGGGGAGAAACCCUCUAAAUGCCUGGAGUGUGGAAAGAACUUCACCCAGAAUAGCUUACAAUUUACAAGAAGUUACUCUGUUAAAGAAAAGUUUUACAAAAGGAUCCACAGAUGUUACAUAGCUUGAGAAAAAUCGCAGAAGAUAAAUUAAAAAAACUGAAUUUAUGAACUUGCUGAAAGGCUAAAGCCUUCUAGAUAAAAGUGCAUAUUUUAUUGAAACAAAAUAAAAAAGUAAGUAAUACUGAAA